AUGAACGGACCACCGCGGUUCGAUCCCAAAGCACCAUUCUGUCCGUUCAUUUGAAAUCCCGCUCAACUCAAAUUUCAAAUUCAAAUCAAUCGACCGUUUGCCCCAGAUCAAUUUAACCCCGUCUCUCUCCUCAUUUCACCCCGCUCGCUCUCUCUCUCUCGCUCUCUCUCUCACUCACUGUAGAUUCCAAGACACCAUCUCUGUGUCUCUCUUUCAAACCACCAUGGCCAAAGACAAAAAACUACCCUUACAGAGCAGCAACAACGCCAAUGUCGCCGCCACAGCAACAUCGGCCAAAACCAUCGAAGAAACCUACCAAAAGAAAACCCAGCUCGAGCACAUUCUUCUCCGUCCCGACACCUACGUCGGCUCCAUCGAAAAGCACACCCAAACCCUCUGGGUCUACGAAAACAACGAAAUGGUCCACAGAUCUAUCUCCUAUGUCCCGGGCCUUUACAAGAUUUUCGACGAAAUCCUCGUAAAUGCCGCUGAUAACAAGCAGAGAGACCCAUCCAUGGACUCCGUCAAGGUGACGAUCGAUGUGGAACAGAACUGUAUUAGUGUUUACAACAAUGGGGAUGGUGUUCCCGUGGAGAUUCAUCAGGAGGAAGGGGUUUAUGUGCCCGAGAUGAUCUUCGGGCACCUCCUGACGAGUAGUAAUUACGACGAUUCGAUGAAGAAGACGACCGGUGGGAGGAACGGGUACGGAGCGAAGCUUACGAAUAUAUUUUCGACGGAGUUUGUGAUCGAGACUGCGGAUGGGAAGAGGCAGAAGAAGUACAAGCAGGUUUUCUCCAACAAUAUGGGAAAGAAAUCUGAGCCCGUCAUAACAAAAUGCAAGGAGAGCGAAAACUGGACAAAAGUCACAUUUAAGCCUGACUUGGCAAAAUUCAAUAUGACUCAUCUUGAAGAUGAUGUUGUUGCCCUGAUGAAAAAGCGGGUGAUUGACUUAGCGGGAUGCCUUGGAAAGACUGUGAAGGUUGAGCUUAAUGGGCAACGUAUUCCAGUAAAGUCUUUCCUCGACUAUGUUAAUCUCUACCUUCAAUCUGCCUCCAAAGCCAGACUAGAUGCCCUCCCAGGAUACAAAAUAUUUCCUAUGGUCAUAAGAAGAAAUGUUGAUUUGGUCAUAAGCAGAAAGAUAAUUAAGGGUGGGACUCAUGUUGAUUAUGUUACCAACCAGAUUACAAACUAUGUAAUGGGUAUUGUUAAUAAAAAGAAUAAGAAUGCAAAUCUCAAAGCCCACGCAGUGAAGAACCAUCUAUGGGUUUUUGUCAAUGCUCUUAUUGACAACCCAGCUUUUGAUUCUCAAACCAAAGAGACUUUGACAAUUCGCCAAAGCAGUUUUGGAUCGAAAUGUGAACUUUCACAGGAGUUCCUGAAGAAAGUGUCCAAGUCUGGAAUAGUGGAAAGUCUUUUGUCAUGGGCAGAUUUUAAGCAGAGCAAGGAUCUUAAGAAAACUGAUGGGACAAAGAGACAGAGGAUAACUGGGAUUACCAAACUAGAAGAUGCUAAUGAUGCUGGAGGGAAGAGCUCUGAUAAAUGUACCUUGAUUUUGACAGAAGGUGAUUCGGCAAAGGCACUUGCGAUGGCAGGAAUUUCUGUCGUGGGUCGAAAUUAUUAUGGUGUGUUCCCGUUGAGAGGUAAAUUGCUUAAUGUGAGGGAAGCAAGCCAUAAACAAAUCAUGGAGAACGCUGAAAUUCAGAGCAUCAAGCAGAUUCUUGGACUUCAGCAUGGAAAACAGUAUGACAGUGUGAAGACUUUGAGAUAUGGUCAUUUGAUGAUCAUGACUGAUCAGGACCAUGACGGAUCACAUAUUAAAGGGCUGUUGAUUAAUUUUAUUCAUUCAUUUUGGCCAUCGUUGCUAAAAGUUCCUUCUUUCUUGGUUGAGUUCAUUACACCUAUUGUGAAGGCUACUCACAGAAAUGGGAAGGUUCUAGCUUUUUAUUCCAUGCCGGAGUAUGAAUCUUGGAAGGAGAGUUUGGGAGGCAAUGCCAGCGGUUGGUCCAUUAAGUACUAUAAGGGGUUGGGAACCAGCACAUCAAAGGAAGGGAAGGAGUAUUUUAGCAAUCUUCAAAUGCACAAGAAAGACUUCAUGUGGGUAGAUGAGCAAGAUGGGGAAGCAAUUGAGCUUGCCUUCAGUAAGAAGAAAAUUGAAGCAAGGAAGAAUUGGCUCCGACAGUUUGAGCCUGGCACUUACCUUGAUCAGAAGGAGAAGCUCAUCAAGUACAGUGAUUUUGUCAACAAAGAGCUUAUAUUGUUUUCUAUGGCAGAUCUUCAACGGUCAAUUCCUUCAAUGGUUGAUGGCCUGAAACCAGGUCAAAGGAAGAUCCUUUUCUGUUCUUUCAAGCGCAACUUUGUGAAGGAAGCAAAAGUUGCUCAAUUCUCUGGUUAUGUAUCUGAGCAUUCAGCUUACCAUCAUGGUGAGCAGAGUCUUGCCAGUACCAUCAUUGGCAUGGCACAGGAUUAUGUGGGCAGCAAUAACUUAAACCUGCUUCAACCAAACGGUCAAUUUGGCACUCGUCAUCAGGGAGGCAAAGAUCAUGCGAGUGCUAGGUACAUAUACACUCGGCUUUCUCCUAUCACACGGUUCAUGUUCCCCAAGGAUGAUGAUAUACUUCUUGAUUACUUGAAUGAAGAUGGGCAAUCUAUUGAACCUGUCUGGUACAUGCCUGUCAUACCAUUGGUUCUUGUCAAUGGAAGUGAAGGAAUUGGGACAGGAUGGAGCUCCUACAUUCCAAAUUAUAAUCCAAGGGAUAUUGUUGCUAAUGUGAGGCGUUUGUUGAAUGGUGAGCAAAUGGUGCCGAUGGAUCCAUGGUACAAAGGGUUCAGAGGAACCAUUGAGAAGACAGCAACCAAAGAAGCUGGGGUUAGCUACACUGUGUGUGGAAUUAUGGAGGAAAUCAAUGAAACUACACUCAGGAUUACAGAGCUGCCUAUACGUCGAUGGACUCAAGAUUAUAAAGAAUUUCUUGAAUCAAUUAUGACAGGAAAUGAUAAAAUCAAGGACCCAUUUGUCAAGGAUUAUAGAGAGCACAACGAUGACACCACCGUACACUUUGAAGUUAUUAUGUCCGAGGAGAACUUGAUCAUGGCAAAGCAAGAGGGCUUGCUAAAGAAAUUUAAACUCAUCACAACUAUCAGCACAAGCAACAUGCAUCUGUUUGACCCAAAAGGCGUGAUUAAGAAAUAUGAAACCCCUGAACAGAUUCUUGAAGAAUUCUUCCACGUAAGACUUGAAUUCUAUGAGAAGAGAAAGAAAAUUCUUCUAGAUAAUCUUGAAAUGGAGUUGUUGAAGUUGGAGAACAAGGUUAGGUUCAUACUUGGGGUUGUGAAAGGAGAGAUCAUUGUGAGCAACAGGAAGAGAGCCGACCUGUUUCUUGAGCUGCGGGAUAAAGGUUUUACACCUUUCCCAAAGAAAAUGAAAAAUACGGAUGCAACAGUUGCUGGGGUAACUGAUGAUGCAGAAGAGACUGAAGAGAACUCAGAGAUCAUUGGCACCAAAGGAGUUCGGGCUAGUGAUUAUGAGUACUUGCUGUCAUUGGCCAUUGGAACCUUGACACUUGAGAAGGUUCAGGAGCUAUGUGCAGAUAGAGAUAAACUCAACAAAGAAGUUGAUGACUUGAGGAAGGCAACACCAAGGUCUUUGUGGAUUAAAGAUCUUGAUGCUCUUGAGAAAGAACUCAAUGAAUUAGAAAAGAGUGAUGACAAGGCAGAGGAGGCUAGAAAGGUGAUGAAAAACAAGGUGAUGGUAGAAGCUGGUCUUAAAGUAUCCAGACAAGCACCCAAAAAUCCACGGAAGAAUAACAAGAAGGCCACCAAUGCAGAAACUGUUUCUGAUGCAAUGGAAAUAUCAACCAGUUCAACAAUGGAAACAGGUAAUGUUCCUGAGGUUGUGAAACCGAAAGGCAGAGCAGGUCCAAAGAAAGCACCAGCCAGAAAGGAAAAGGCAUCUGUGAGCCUUAAAGAUGAAGACGAAGAUGAAGAUGAUGAAGUACUUGAGCUAAAAGAACGACUUGCUGCUUACAACCUUGAAUCUUCUCCUGACCACUCAGAAGCCUUGGAAACUGAGAUGCCCCAGGUACCAACCAGGAAAAAAGAACCUACUAGAAGGGCUGCUGCAAAGAAGCCUUUGUCGUCAACUCUGACAGAGAUUUCUGAUGAUGAAGAUGAGGAAGAUAUCAGCGACGAGGAUUUUGAACUUGCAGAGGAAGUUGCACCAGAAGUGGGAAAGAAGAAAGGAGGGAGAAAGCCAGCAGCAAAUGCAAAGCAGGCAGCUAAACCCCCAGCACCAACAAAGAAAAGAGUGCCAGCUAAGACAACAGGCCAGAAACUUAUAACUGAAGUUUUUAAGACUGCAGAAAAUAUGGGGAUUUCACCUGAGAAGAAAGUGAGGAAGAUGAGGGCAUCUCCAUUUAACAAGAAAAGUGGGUCUGUUUUGGGAAAUAUUGGGAAGGAAGAUGAGAACAGUUCGACUGGAAGUGAAGAAAACUUGGGAUCUGCUUCGAAUGCAGUGAAUACUGAGGAUUUGAGUGAAGAAGUCAUGGCUCCAAAGGCUAGACCACAGAGGAUGAAUCGUGGGAAGGCAGUAUACGUUUUGAGUGAAUCUGAGGAUGAUGAGGUUAGUGAGGAUUCUGACUUCAACGAAGACGACCUGUCAACCUAGUCUGAUGGUUGAAAUCUGAUUGUUGAAAUGAGAAAUUGAAACGGGAAAAAGGAACUCAAUUUCCUUUGUAAUUCAUUUUAACAUAAUAUUUGAAUGCUAUGACGGUUUCUUAACAAUUUGAAAUCAAAGUUUUUACUUUGAUAGAUCAAUAUCAAUCUUGAUAUAUGUUUUAUUCGCUUUUAAAA